AUUGCUAGAAGUGAACUUUAAGUGUCGAGCAGAACACUGAUUUCUUUUUAAAAGGACCGGCGUUAUGUCCAUGUUUAGCCACGAACAAGUCCAUUUCAACCCACCGAAAUAACCAAGAAGACCUGCUGAUCUGCUCCUUAAAGUGUUUUUUCAAUACGAGCCAAAACUAACUACUUCCAAAGGAACUUGGACGGCGCACGUUUUAUAUGAAUUGCGGAGUGGGAAGUCUAUUAUUUUGAGAUAUUUGUUUCAUCACUGAGUCUUGAACCUUAAACCCAUGCCUGCUCCUGGGAAGAUGAGAAAGCCCGAUAUUAAAAUCGUAAUCUUAGGAGACAUGAAUGUAGGGAAAACGUCCCUGCUACACAGGUACACAGAGAGAAGCUUUAAGGACACUUCAAGCACAAUCGGCGGAGCGUUCUUCUUGAAGCAGUGGGGUCCCUACAACAUCUCUAUCUGGGAUACAGCGGGUCGUGAACAGUUCCAUGGUCUUGGCUCCAUGUAUUGUCGUGGUGCUGCAGCGAUCAUUCUCACGUAUGAUGUCACAAACUGGCAGAGCUUUGUAGAGCUUGAAGAUCGCUUCCUCCCUCUCUCUGACUCAGCCAAUAACGACAGCAUAUUUGCCAUUGUGGGCAACAAAGCAGACCUCACUGACCCUAAAGCCCAUGUUAUGACCCUAGAGGAAGUCAGAGCAGAAGAGGGUAGCGUGCUUCCCCUUCCAUCCUUUCCCACAACUCCAGACUUUCCCUUGCACAAGCAGGUGAGUCUGGAUGAUGCCACAGCACUGUACAACCGCAUAAUUCACUAUAAGGCACUAGAGGGCACCAGCCCACCAGCAGAAAAGAUGUGCUUCGAGACAAGUGCUAAGACUGGAUUUAAUGUAGAUGUUAUGUUUGAGACACUCUUCGAUAUGGUGCUGCCAUCUAUCAUUCAAAAACGCUCCCAAAAUGAGUCACCGAUAUUGUAUUUGGAAGACUAUAACGAAAAGGGUAUGAGGAGCAAAUUGAGUUGUUGCACAUGAAAAUAUUUGCUUAAGAGUAUCUGGGGUCUUGAAUAUCCAUUUAUUUAUGAACAGUUAUUUGAGAUGUUACAGAACUGUUUACUGUCACAGUAAAUAUUGUACAUUGUCACAGUGAACAUGUGCACAUUGUUAUCUCUGUUCUGAUGGACAUGUCAGUAUGUGUUUCUUUGACAUGGUCUUGUUUUUUACAAAUACAGCAGAAAGAAUUUGAACUUAAGUUAGUGUUUUGGCCCUCAAGUUACUCAAUUGCUUCUGAACACUAUAAACAGUUGAGCUUUUUACAAAUGUAUGUCAAAGAUAAGAAAUAUACAUUUAGACUACAGAGCAUAUAUAUAUAUUUAUAUUUUCUAAGAAAAAAUAUAUAUAUAAAAAAAACGCUUUACACUGUAUAGCAUGCAUAGUGUCCUGUAAUUAAAAAAGUAACACAAGUUGUAGACUUGAACUCAUUGACUUGUCAAUAAAAUUUGAGCUUCUGCAAUUAUGACACACAAAGACAAUUGCAACUAGUUGUCAAAUGCUUUAUGUAUUUUAAUUAAUUGGUAUUUUUGUCCAUAUUGCAAUGGAAUGCUAUUCAGUUGUGGUUUUGAUCAGUAUAAAUCUCAUUCAUCAUGAAAGGUGUUUUACUGAAGUGUAUAAUUGCUUCUGGAAUCGAAUUUCCACUGCUCUUUUUAUUUUCAGCCAGAACAUGUGAAGAUAAGACAAAACGUUCAACCUUUUAUCCUGACAGGGGGUGAUCUUUGCUUUUGCUGAGAAAGCUGCACAUACAGAAGGCAGUGUGCACAAUGCAGAAAACAAACCUGUCAGCAUUUCCUUUUGGCUUAUAUGAGAGAAUAAUGAAUACAAUAUUAAUAAGUUGUGUUGAGUGUCAUAUUCAUAUGUAUUUCCAUAAAUGUAGCAGCGUGUUUAGGCACCUUGCAAACCAUGCAACCCCCAGGACUGGCCCCCAAAACACUAAAAACAUCUGAAUAAAUGUCUAUACAGCCACAGU